GAACACAACCUCGGCAAUCGUUGUAUUUUGACUAUGAGCUCUAUUCUCUAGGUUUCUCUCUCUCAUUAACCUUCAUUCGCUUCUUGUAGCAUAUAUUAUGCUCAGUAAUGAAACGCCUCCGCCGCAAGAAAUCUUCGGACAAUAUCUCGAACACCAAGGUCACCACAGCCAUUUCAUUUCCAAGCUCUACGAAGGAAACGCCUCUGUAUGCUAGGUUCGCGACAACACACAAGGCUCAAGAUGGAACAAAACCGAUUGUAUCGGGGCCCAUGGCAUUGACUGCCAAACCCAGCUUCACGAGCACCAGCCGAUCGGGUAAUGAACGCAGAGUUAGCGAGUCUCGAGCGACAAGGGUUUCAAUUCGGCAGAAUGAACUGCCUAAAACACUUAUAUCUACCCCUCCUCGUACAUCAUCGCGGACGUUAAGGGAUCCGACGACGCAUGCAGGGAAUGCGAGUUCGCCCCCGAUGAGGGUCGGCUAUUCGUUGGAUGAUCGGUAUAGUAGUAAUGACUUUUCUCCCCAUCGUCCUCCCGUCAAUCUCCCUGCAUCUCCAAGAGCUCUGCUUGACGGGAAGGACACGAUACAGUCUGCUGAGUAUAGGGAGCGCCAAGCAUCACACUCUGGCCGUGUACAAGCAACGCGUGGUGGUGUACAUGCUCCCGCACAUGUGCCUCCGGUUCCCUCACGGACGCAACCUGUAGCCUCUUUUGACCAAGUUCAAACGGCAAGGGGUUCCAAUUCAAGUUAUGCAGAGUACGACCCAUAUCGAAGGACUAUCUUCGGGGAUCCGUCUAAGCCAGCCGAGGUUCAGAAUGAUGCUGAGUUCCUAGCUGCUUCGUCCCGAAAGACACCUUAUACAGGAGCCAACGCUGGAACUGUUGAAUCCGACUCUCAGGUGAACGUACAUGAAGAUGAACCACCUGUUGUCCCUCCGAAGACACUACCUCAGACGCCUAGCACCGGUGCCCAAUCUGUACCUGGUCAAGGGCGCUCUCUGAAUGCGUCACCAGUUACUUCCAGGAAAAAGUACUCCCCAUUGGCUGCUUUUGGUCUCCCGGUUUCGCAAUCGAACUCGUCACACUCCACUUCAACUGCCAGUGUCGCAUCCAGUCGGACGCAAACAGACCAGGCACAGCCUGACGUCGAGAAGGGGGAUUUAGCCUCCGGAGAUGAGAUUCCUGCAAUACUACUUCCUGAAAUACCCCCGCUUCCAGCAACUUCGGAUAAGGCAACAUUCAUUGAGCCGACUAAGCACGAUAAUCGCACUAGAAGCAAUACUACUUCGAGCGUAGCCUCGCCUGAACCUCGUUCACCGACGUCACAUUCAGGAUCCGAGCUACAAAGAGAAAGCCAGUCGUUGUCGUUUCGCGACGAGGUUUCUUCUGACCCAAGAACAAGGGACUCGUCCGAAAUGCUACACUCCGGAAGUUCACACACGAGAUUUCAGCCUUCGAUCCCCUUGCCAACCACACCAGGCCGAACGUCGCCCACAAAAGGGUUCCGUUCACGGAACGUACCCAAAGCUUCUCGUUCCCAUCGGCAAACGGAAACGGAAUCAUCUAUGCAACAGGAGGCCUCGUCUUUUCGAUACCCAGAACCAUCAUAUCUACCCCAGCCGACUGCCAUCGCAGCACAUCAAGACGGAUUUAUUCGUGGACGUCCGUUGAUCUUCGCCGCUAUGUCUGGUUCAGACAUUCCUGAUAUCGACCCUGAACCGAUUGCCGUGGCGACUCAGAACUCACAGGAUGAGCAAGAAGGCGUAUAUGGUGUUGACGAAACUUCCGCCCAAGCAUACCCGUCGCCCACCUCUCCCGAUGCAGGCGCAUCCUUCCCAACAGAGCCUGAACAGUCGGCACCCGUGCCUACGAAGGAUGAAGAACCUCAACCGCGCCAUCGUCGGAAGCUGAGCAAACCGAAUAAGCAUGCAUCUCAUGCCGUUGAAGUGAUGGCUGCGAUCCAUAAUGCAGAGCAAAUCGAUCAAACGUCUCCAUGCCCUCAGCCUAGUCAUCAGGAAGCGCCGACUACACCUGUCGAACUUCUCGCUCCGUCGGCCCAGCUGGGAUCGCCUAUCCAGUUGUCACAAAGCCAAACUCGUGAUGAAGAAACCGUUCGCCAUCAUCGACAUAAGAAGAGCUCGUCUGGCGAUCAUGCGAAGUUGACUCGUCGACAUCGCGAGGCUGGAGUGAAAGCAUUGACCGAGAAGCAGCUAGAGAAGCUCAGGAACAUAGAUCAACCUAAUGUGGUUGCGGUGCAACCUUUGCAAGCGGCUCUUCCUAUAUCCCCUGUCACGCCAGAAAGGCGGACUAGGCAAUUGCCUACUCCCCCCUCUUCUGAAGAAUACGUCCAAGCCAGGGCCCAUCGGCGUGGCGAGUGGCUGCAAAAAAUUAGGCCCGUACAUGUGGAACACAGUGUAGCUGCACCUCUCCAACCGGAACCUUCCCCGAGCGUGUCACAGAGUCCCUCAAUAGAACCGGUCGAACCAGAUGAACCCAAGUACUAUCCUUUGGCACUACACUUGACGAAUCCAGUGCUACUAGGCAAUCUCCUUGUUUACCUCUCUUUUUACGAAUGGUGUGUACUGAGUAGUGUGAACAAGGAGACCAGAAACACUAUAUACGAACAAAGGGAGCUCGAGGAAGUUAUCUUGGAACGCUUUCUGCAGACCGUCGGGUACGCAAAAUGGGUAUGGAAACAGCCGGAACCCCUGGUUCUUACCCUGCAGGACCUUCACCGCUAUCUACAUGGGGUAUCUAUCCCAUCGCAUCAGUAUGCUCGCAUGGCAGAAGCGUAUCUGCAACCGAAUUCGACUGUAGAGGCGGCGAAGAUUCUGGACCUUACAGCUUCUUGUCGAUCAUACACUCGCGUAGUGCUAAGAUUACGUGCUCAAGCAGAAGCGGAAGCCGAACAUAACGCCCGUUUGGCUUCGUCACUUCCGGCAAUGGCUGUCCCUGGUCACAAGUCUCGAAGCCCGAGCAAGUGGUCUUCACCUUCAGCUCGCCAUGGGCCGUCGCGAUCGUCAAGUCGUGCACCGUCACCGACGUCCUCAUUCUCACAUUCACAUGCUCACACCGUAUCGCCAAGUCGACUUCCUGUUCAUGCAAACAUGUUCCGUUCACCUUUAUAUCGGCCUCGUCGUGCACCAUUGUUGCAGGUGUUUGUACCUUCUAUUGAAGGUGACUGGUUGUCGGAUGCCAGUGUGUUAGAAUGCGAAGGAGAGUUGAAACGUGCUGGUGUUUUGCAUCUUAUGCGUGCAGGAGAUGUUGUGUGGGAUGUUGCAGUUGGAGAUGAAGGCAAUGCUGGACGAAUGGUCUGGGAUGGAAGCUAUCUCAUUGAUUUGGACUACACAUACUCCAGAGUAGGUGAUUUGCCAAAAUACCUUCCAACUCUUGCUUUCCCACCAUCAUACUUCCACCGCGUCAUCCGGACCAUGGGCGCUGGCAAUCCUAUCGUACAUAUUGACAUUGCCUCUUGGGGAGAUCAGAUUGUAAACAAUCUUCAGCUUCUCCAGGAUCGCGUGAGGACCGAGACACCCCAAGGUGGCCAGCAUACGGUCGUACGCUGGGUACAUCGCUCAUCGUUCAUCAUCAAGCCUGCUCCUGGCUCAAGGUCAAUCCGGAUACCUGUGCCAUCCACUGCUGGCCCUGGCCCUUCUCCAAGUGGUGCCUGGAUUGUCGAUCCGGGUUGGUACGGAACAGUGGUCGUAGAAGCUGAGGGGACGAACGAAGGGCUGGCCGACCUGCAAGCUCGGUGCAAAGGAUCGUUCCCUCCACGGGCUGUGGGUGCCCAUCCAAGUCCCGAGCGAACGCGAAAAGAAGAGAGAAAGAGCGUGUUCAGACUAUUGCGUGAAAGAAGUCGUCCCGGAGAGAUAUGGCUGCGGACUGUACGCGAGAAAGAGAGACUCAUCCCCCCAUCUUGAAGUUUUGCUAUCUAGACUGUGUUUCGUUUUCCUCAACUGACAUCAUAUCCCAUGCUGUAUUGUCUCCUCCUGUUGUAGCAUUCUCGAGCUGUACAAUACUUUCGACAGUGUUUAGCUAGCUUUUUUGUCAAGACUCAAUACUCGAUGUAACACAUGUGCUCGAUGUAAUUGGAUCCUAACCAUAAAGAUCGAUAACACGAUCGUCGAUCUUCAAUUUCGGUUCUCCAC